AGAGAUAAAAAAAAAAGAAACUCGCUAGGGUUCGUCCGUCCGUUCUCAGAGCAGAGCAGAGCAGAGGUGAGAGCCCAGACCUCGGCCGCCGCCCUCUUCCUCUUCUUCUCCGCAAACCACCCAUAAUCCUCCUCCUCCGGUAAGGAGGAUAUACUCUGGCGCCCGGGCCAGAUCUUUAAAUUUCCGCGGGAGGGCUGCUGUGCUGCACGUUCCUCCGUUUACCCCUAUCUGUCUAACGCGGAGGCGAAUUUGAAUUUCAGGACCAGUCCGCCUUGCUCUGGCUGACGCCAGACCUUCCUUCUUCUUCUUCUUCUUCUUCUUCUCUUCAUGCGAGUAGUGCUGUUUAUAAUUUUAUUUAUACCACCGGAUCAAUAGCAGCAGCAGCACAAGUAGAGGAUCCAACCUCCCGAGUGCAAGCCGACUCGGUUUUGCUCCGGUGUACGGAUAACUUAUCUUCUUUUUCUUGUGGAACAAUAAUAAGUGUAUAAUAAUCCGAUUAGGACCCCUUUCCGACUGGGAGUGGGCUUUGCUGCUCCCGGUGCAGCGCUAAGUUAUUAUAAAUAGUGGCAGAGUAAGGACGAGGAUUGGCCUGUGAUAAUCGAGCCUCCACGCUCGCCUCAAAGAUUUCGUUCAAAGCAUCGUCGGCUUUCAGCUUCCUCACACUCCAUGGAGGCCAUAAAUAACGGUUUCAGCGACAAUUCCCGCAGCCAACAACUGGAUGACGAAGAUAUGCUCAGCACCCUCACUGAUGAUAUCUUACUGUCAAUCUUGGGGAGAGUCAGUUCAGUUGUGGCUACAAGGACAAGUGUGCUCUCUACACGGUGGAGGCAUCUGCCUUGGUUGCUGCCUGAACUCAGCAUCGAUGUCAAGGAUUUCCUAUCUGCUCCGUGUGCUGAACCUAUUGAGGCAAAUGAUAUGGAACAAACUAUGGCGUCUUUAACCAAAGCAACCAGGAGUUUGUUGGAUAAACAACAGAGAGAAUCCAGUAUCUCAAGUUUGCACCUUGACCUCUAUUUGAUCAGCAAUUUCCUUUGUGAAGUUGGCCAACUGAUAGGUGAUGCAAUCGACAAUGGUUUGUUGAAAGAUUUGGAUCUCACCGUUCUUGAUGAGAUGGAGCCUCUCGACUGUAGCGAGGAAGAGCUGCAACAGCGAGCACAAGACAUAGAUGCUUUUUUCACUGCCUACCCUAGUGUGCUCCUCUGCCUCACAAAGCUCUCUCUAAAAAAUGUAGGCUUUGACAAAUUGGACAUGCACCAUCUCCUGUUUGACUGCUGCAAGCAACUGACGCAUCUAACUCUUCAUCAUUGUGAUACCGGUUCCUUCUCUCUCUUUAAAAUCGAUGCACCGGGCUCAAGACUCCGUGUUCUAGAAAUCGAGAAGUGUCGCUUUCUGAAAAUCGACCUGGUGUGCCUCCCAAAAUUAGAGAAGUUCUUAUGGGAGACCUGGGUAUCUCAGGUUGCCCCAUUGACCUUUGGUUUUGUCCCAUCUCUUGGGGAAUUAGAACUCUCAAGUGCUUCGAAUUGUCAGCAACGCUUAUUUAGAUUAAGUGAGCUUCUACACGGAGUAAGAGGCAUACAUACUCUCACAUUGGAUUUCCAAGGAGAAACCCUUUGGUUGCAACCUGAAAUGGAGGAACUCUGCACCGCAUUCAGCAAGCUAAGGAAGCUGUUCAUACGUGGUAUAUUUGUUGAAUUUGACAUUUUAUGGAUGACAGCUUUUCUUGUAGCAGCACCAUCUAUCGAAAUGUUGCAUAUUGAGAGGUAUGGGAACAUACAUGCGAUGUGGGCGAGGCCAGGCUUGCUACCUACCAUGAAAGAAGGAAUCCUCAAUGGGAAAUGCACUUGGACAGGAGCUCCGACAACAUGCUUCUGAAAGAGCUUGAAUUCGCUGGAUUUAAAUCACUUGAACAACAGUUUACAUUUAUUAGAUCCAUAUUGGAGCGAUCUCCCAACUUGCAGAAGAUAGUUCUGAGAGAUGAGGAGCAGUGCGAUGAUUGCGAUGCCCUUAAGGUACCUCGUCCUUCGAGAUUUCCUAUGAAGAAAGAUGAGCAAGAAAUGGUGGUUAAGCGGAUUAGAGAUGGCAUGUUCUCGCCAGAUAUGUUUUUUACAAAUAUGAUAAGUUGUAAGUUGUAAGAGAAAUAACAGUUUGUAUACUCCAUGUCCUGUUGCUUUAAUAUUCCUCGUUGCCUGACGGCUGAGCAUCUCAGAUUAGGUUUCGACUCUGCACAUCUUUUGAUGUUAUCAAAAGGUAAGCUCGAGAGUUGAUUUUUAUACAAACUUUGGUAAAUGUAUCAUAUUACCAAAAUAUUUUGCUUGCCAAUAUUUGGCAUGGCCUAUUGCUUCUUGCUUUUCCUAGUUGCUAACACUAAUAACUAGGAGUUCAUCUUCCAGAUGGUAAGAGCACUUAGAUGAAUGUAGUCAUAUCAAUAAUAUUUUUUAUGAGAAGUUUAAUAUAUAUCAUUGAAUUGACAUGCCAAAUCUCCGCGUGAUAGAUUAGUACUUGGUUAUCCUACUAUAUGGAUCCUAUAUAAUUUGUAUAUGUAUUAACCUCUUCCUGGGAAAGACCUACAUGUGUAAUGGUUUGAACUUUGAACAAAAUAGCGGCAUGUAGAUAGUCAAAUGUGUCUUAUUCCGAUGGUGAAAUUAAAUCUGCUUUUUUUACAUGCCCUUUUAUCACUCCAAAUGGUGAAUCAAAUUUACCUAUUCAUGACCAGAUUUUCAAAAAUUUGUGUAAAAACAAUAAUUGCUGUAUCUAGUUUUUUUUUUUGCCAUCAUGUGACCCUUUACGUCUUGCUUUUGCUUCUCUAAUUUUGCUGUAUUCAUGUCUUUUCCUCUGCUGUAAGCUGCAACUGACUAAUUUGCAGUUUAUGUUGUUUACUGGGAAAAGUCAAAUACGUGUUGCGACCUGUUCUGCCAUAUGGAUGUCAGGCUACAUCUAGCUUUUGUGGUUUUAUUGGUGCUGCAGAUGCAGUCAUUUUGAGUGGUUAUGGGGUGUAACUCACCCUAAAAAAACAUGGAAUACUAGGCCACGGCUGACACUGCUAUAAAGAAGGGUGAUGCACUGUAAGAUCCUAAAACUGAGGAUCUCAUUUAAUAAGUCAGAGCUAAAUGCUGUGAUAAUGUCCUUCAGGGAUUAUCCAUUGUCAUCAGCAGUAUUGAUACACUCAAAGGUAUUGUUGGCCAUUGUUUUUUAACUCUAUGAUUCUGUCUCUCACAAGUUAUAACCAUGCAUCACGAUGGUAUAGAAGCACCACUUUUAUAACUGUGCAGCUGCUCCACACCCCAGAUGUGGGUCAUCAAACGGCACAUAGGAUCCUUCACGCAUCAGAUCCUUUAAGGUCGUUGCAGGAAAUUGAAUUCCGCAGUAUAGUUUCUUCGCUAUCAAGAAUGAGGGUCAGUGCUAUAUGUGGAUCCCGUUUAAACCUUCAGCUAUGCACAUAAGUAAUGACAAUUAAAUAAUCUUGACGAGUUAAUCAAAGAUGAAAUCAUAGUUAAUAAGUGAAGGGUGCAGCCUGGCAAGUCAUUAAUGGCUUUGCACGGUGCUUUGAUUAAUAUCGGGGAUUUUGAUCUCUAUUUAUGGAGUGACCAAUCGUCUUAAAUCUUUGUCAAUCACUCUCGAGGGUCGAGGCCGAUAGAUCAGAUAUGAUCUACAGUGCCAAGGAUAAGAUUCAAGACAAGGAGCAUAUCCCUUCAUGCCAGUAGAGAUACAUAUUUGGAUAUAGGAUGCUGGAGGGCUGCAGCACCGUGAAGGACAACAUUAUUCUGCGUCCUCCAAGGUCUACCUCGAGGGGACUCACAUCGUCAUCCUUUGGUUUGAGAGGCGAUCAUCUACGACGUCUGCCCACGACCCAACCUCAUGGAGAGCACUUCCGGGGAGAUGUGAUCUGCAUAUGGUUGCUGCGCAGGAAGCUGAGUGUGCCAAAUUCAUUUGUUAGAAGGCUGAGCAAGACAAGAGAAGUGCAAUUAUCAGGGCACAGGGAACAAGUACAGGCCAGGAAGACAAGUAAACAACAACGACACUCUAUAGUUAGGCAUCCAGGCUCCAGAUUAACUAAAUGGAGGGCUGUGCCUGCAUCGAGCAGUUCCGGCGAACUGACGAGCUCCUCAUCAAGUACCAGUACAUCUCGGACUUCUUCAUAGCCCUCGCCUACUUCUCCAUCCCACUCGAGCUGAUCUACUUCGCCAAGAAGUCGGCAUCCUUCCCCUACAGAUGGAUGCUCCUCCAGUUCAGCGCCUUCAUUGUCCUCUGCGGGGCCACCCACCUCAUAAACCUCUGGACCUUCACCAAGCACACCCAGACCGUCGACAUCGUCAUGACGGUAACCAAGGUCACCACGGCCGUCGUUUCCUGCGCGACGGCCCUCACGCUCAUCCAUAUCAUACCUGAUUUGUUGGGUGUCAAGACGAGGGAGUUGUUCCUCAAGAAGAAGGCCGACGAGCUCGACAGGGAGAUGAGCCUCAUGCGGUCGCAGGAGGACACCGGGAGGCAUGUCAGGAUGCUCAUCCAUGAGAUCAGGAGCACGCUUGACAGGCACACCAUCCUCAAGACUACUCUGGUUGAGCUCGGGAGGACGCUGGGUCUGGAGGAAUGUGCUUUCUGGAUGCCGUCGAGGAGCGGUUCGAGCCUUGAGCUAACUCAUACCAUGCGCCACCACAUCCCCACGGGCUCUUCUGUGGAGAUUAAUCUCCCUGUUGUCAACCAAGUCUUAAGUACCAACCGUGCGAUCAUAGUGCCACAUACUUCUCCUUUGGCGAGGAUCCACCCUGUUCAAGGGCGGCAUGUCCCACCCGAGGUGGCUGCUGUGAGAGUUCCUCUGCUGCAUCUUUCAAACUUUCAUCCCGAGCUUUUGGCGAAAAGCUACACAAUUAUGGUUUUGAUGCUCCCAUCUGAUAGUGUGAGGAAAUGGCUUGCUCAUGAACUCGAGCUCAUCGAGGUCGUCGCCAAUCAGGUAGCUGUUGCCCUCUCUCAAGCGGAAAUUCUUGAAGAAUCAAUGCGAGCACGUGAUCUACUGACGGAGCAAAAUGUCGCCCUGGAUUUAGCUCUGCGGGAGGCUGAAAUGGCAAUACAUGCUCGCAAUGUCAACAGGGUGGGGGUUGAACUUGUGGGGCCUGAGGACGCAGACAACGUCGCUACCAUCAACUCAUCUGCUUCUGCAGCCAAGGUGCACAACACCGAGCCAUGAUCGACGCGUCUACCCCAACUUCGCCCGACACUGAGAUGCGUCACUUCUACCCACCAAGAAGUACGCCUUGAUCCAAAUCGUACUCUCUAGUUGCCUUUGCUUGCACCCUAUAGGUGCCCCAAAGGCCCAAACCGUUUCCUUUGCUGCUGCUGCGACAGCACUAUCUAUCUGAACCUAUGUAGUUUAAAUUUGGCCCUGCUGUGUGCAAUCUAUCUGGAUUUGUGCUAAGUUAUGCUAUUUAUCUAAA